AUGUCAUCUUCCUCCACUCCCCCAUCCUCUCCUCCUAUGUCUCCCCGAACCAUUGUACCACCUAUGACUCCCACCAAAGCUCCUAUCACAUCGACUUAUGCCACCCGGAUACAGGGUGAGUUCCACGACUCCAAGACGGAUCAGGACCCGUCCGAAUGGAAGCCGGUAAUACCCAUGGGUACCAAUGGUUCAGCCUCGCUGCCUUCAUCGGAAGCCUGGCAGUAUCUGUCUCAAUUUCACAGCGGCUCUGCGCCCGUGCCGAUGCGCCGUCCCAGGGUCGAACACCGGAGCUCGGCCAGUUUGUUCACGCUGUUGGGUAGUACGGGUGUUCCUCCAUCGCUGACGCAUUCCCCAUCUACCGCGGCGUCUUCUUUCAGCAGCAAUGCUUCUGAGAGCUACCUGAACGAGCCGGCCCAUCGCCCGCUGCCUCCCCGCCGCAAAUCAUACUUCUCGGGUAGUGCUAAUGGCGCGAAGGGUGUUGAGCUAGUUGUUCCUCACAUGGAGGUUCGUGUGGAGGACUCUACUGUCAACAUGAAUAGGGGAUCCAUUUUUCCAGCAAGCAGUGGGCUUUGGGGGGACCACAAUGACAAGUGCCCCGCAACCGUCAGGAUUUCGGGUACCGUGCCCCUCCACACACCUGUGCGCCCGCAGUAA